AUGGAAAAUCAUCACUCUGGUUAUCCGAAAAUUGUGCUCCGAGUGAACAUCAAUUGUUGUGAGAACUGCCCCAAAGUACUGAAGAAAGAGUUUGAAGAAAUCAAAGGUGUGAGAUCAAUAAGGGUAGAACCAGAAGAGAGGUUGGUGUACGUUAUAGGAGAAGUAGACCCAAGUCUUCUGAUCAAAGUGGCCAGCAAGAAAACGAACAAAAAAGCAGAGGUAGUGUCCUAUGAAAAAGAGCCCUUGAGGAGUAAUGACCAUAAAGUUGAAGAUUAUGUGCCACCCCAGUUUGAUGAAAGCGUGUGCAGUGAUCCACAUUGCAAAACCCACAGAAGCAGGCCAUGGAUUGGCCAGACCGUUCCUCCGAUGAGUUCUGCCGAUCAUCCCCACCACAAUGCUGCUGGUGGAUUUUCCGGUGGCGGUUGGAAUUAUUUCCCUGGCUUUGCCAGGAGGCCUGGUUAUGGUGGUCACCGUUAUUAUUAG